UAAGACCGUGUGAUAAGUUCCUUUUAUAAUUAUGGAAAAAUACGAAGUUCUAGGCCAAGUUGGUGAAGGUUCUUUUGGACAGGUGUAUAAAGCGAAGAAACGUUCGGAUGGUGAAAUUGUGGCCUUCAAAGUUAUUAGGAAACGUGGUAGAUCGUUCAAAGAACUUAAGAGUUUACGUCAAGAAUGUGAGAUUCAACGUCAUCUCCAUCAUCCUAAUAUCGUGCAAAUGUUAGAUUCUUUUGAAACUGAAAAUGAGAUUGUUGUUGUAACGGAAUAUGCUGAUAAAGAAUUAUAUGAAAUUUUGGGUAAAGCUGGCCAUCUUUCAGAAGAAAGAGCUCAAGUUAUAGCUUGUGAUUUGGUUUCUGCGCUUUAUUAUUUGCACUCGAAUAGAGUGUUACAUAGGGACCUUAAACCUCAAAAUGUACUUUUAGAAGCAAAUGGAGUGGCAAAAUUAUGCGAUUUUGGUUUUGCGCGUAGUAUGAGUACUGGGACACAUGUACUUACUUCUAUUAAAGGUACUCCUUUAUAUAUGGCUCCAGAGCUUAUACAAGAACGUCCUUACGAUCACAAUGUAGAUUUAUGGUCGUUAGGUUGUAUAGUUUACGAAUUAGUUGUCGGUUCACCACCAUUUCAAACAACUUCUAUUUUACAUUUAGUUAGACUGAUACGGUUUGAAGCAGUUAAAUGGCCAGAUUUUAUUUCGCCAAAUUGUAAAAGUUUCUUACAGGGUUUGUUGCAAAAGGAUCCUUCUCAACGAUUGACUUGGCCUGCGCUUUUAGAACACCCAUUCGUUAAGGAUAGAAUCAUCAUAGUAGGCGGAACAGUACCUACACCUUUUACAACACCAUUAUCAGCUAGUCAAGCUAGAGCAAAACAACAACAAUUGCAAAAUUUAUCAAUGAGAUCGACCAAUCAAUCAAAAGUUCUCGAGAAAGCUGUUGAGAAAGUACAAUGUCAAGAAAGAAAACUAAGAGAACAAAGACAAAGGACGUGUAUUUCACAACCGCGUUAUCCAAUGUUUCAUGCCUAUUGUCAGCAUGGCCUAAAUCAUUGUCAGAUACUUCGACGUAGCGAACCUAGUGGUACAGAUUCGAGCGCUAGUAUCGAUGUACUAUUGGGAAAUCUUAGUUUGCGAGCAUCUUUAAGAAGCGAUCUUCUUGCUGUUGAUCAUGCGUUGUGUCAAAGCGAUUGUCCUAAUACGAAUAACGAACAAACAUUUCCAAUAAUAAAUAAUAAUUCUAAAUCAGUCUAUGCGAGAACGAAUGAUGAAAGUCAAAAGAACACUUGCGAAGCCGAAGCUUUUAAUAAAAAUGGUCAAGGUGAUGGAUUAAAUGUUGCUCAACAGACGGAAAGAUCGUCCGAAAUAGAACAGAUUUCUGGUAACGGUGAUUGUAAACAGACUUGUUUGAGUAAAGAUUACGAAUUAGAAUUUGGUAAAGAGAAUCUGAUAGAUAAACACGUAAGAUUGCCAGAUUGGAAUCCGAGAGCUGUUGAGAGGCCAAUAGAAAACGAAGAAUGGGUUGCUUUUUUACAAAGAUCUAUGGAGGAAGUAAUGGAAGGUGAAGUUGUUUCGUUAUUGCAACAAAAUUGUGUUUCCGUUUUCGUUUCGCCAUUAAGAAAUCAAGGUGCUGGCUGUCGUGUUGUCGAAUACGUUGCUUGCUUAUUAUCUUUACCUUUUGUUAUAUCGGUCUCACGAGAAAAUCUUGAAAGCAUAGAACGCGUUUAUUUGGAUGUUCGAGUGGUACCAAAUCUCGUAUAUGCAAUAAAAUUACUUAUGUCAGAACGAUCUGAAGGAGAAACGGUUGCAACAGGUUCUGUUGGUACCAGAUCGGCAUCUACGUUAUCAGCGGAUGAAUUACAAGCUUUGGAAUGUACGAUGCUUUUACUAUGUAGAUUGGUUUACGUUCAAGAGCAAUUUCUUACGCAAUUUUGUGAUGCCGUUUACAUUGUCAAUGGGAUGCCAUUGUUACAACAAUUAUUAACUUUGGAAAAAAGAAAGGCACGCGUGGUAGCAGAUUUAAUAGCCAUAUUGAAUAACAUUUUACGUUCUCAACCUGAGAAUGCCGAGCUAGUAGAAAAAGUUGUUCUCCAAUCGAAAACUCAUGGAGGUACAAUCGAGCAAUUCGGUAAACUUCUUGCACAUCGGCAAGGUGUAUUGAGAGCUAGAACGUGUAUUCUCAUUAGGCUUUUAGGAAGAUUUUGUUGCAGAGCGUUGCAACAGGUUUGGGGUAGACCUCUUAGAAAUCUUAUAGAAAAUUUAUUGCUCGACGAGGAAGAAAACGUGAGAAACUCUGCUGAAGACGCGGUCGGAGAACUUAAACAAUUAACGUACUAUAAUCAACUGAGUCCGGCUGGUUGAAUACAUAGGGAUUAAUUUAAGGGAAUUAAUCGUUAUAAAAUGGGGCCAAACGUAUUACCAAUUAAAAUCAAUCGAAUAAGUUAUAAAGAGUUUUAUGAUAUCGUCAGAACAAAAUAUAUAAAGUAUUUUCAUAUAAAGCUUAAACGUUAUAACUCGUUAAAUUUAUAAUACGUAAUCGUUCUAGUCCUCCAAAAAAAAAAAAAAAAAAAACAAAAAAAAUUCAUAGAUUUCCUAAGAGAGAUAAGGAAAUUUGUAUAAGGUCGGAUUUUUAAUUAUACAGAUUUAUAUAUCUUAAGAUUAUUAACUGUAUUUUUUCUACAUCGAGUCUACUCUCAAUAAAUAGUUUAUAUUUUA